AUGGGCUCUGGUGCAAGUAAGAACAAGGGGCGUACUGUCCGCCAGCUGGACCCUCCGCCGAAUGAAGCGGCGGCGAAGGAGAACGCUCCGCCGAGCUUGGACACCCGGAUUGGGUUCGCCAGUUUUCGAGACUUUUUCACAUUGAAGGUACGAUUGGUACCUAUUCGAAAGUAGUCAAGACGUUUAGAAUGAGGUGGAUAAUAAAGCAUGGGGAGGGGUAGCAUUUUAGGCUUAUUAUGUCAAAAAUAUUCAAAAAUUAUUUGUGAUAUUAGGUUGUUCAGAUAAUUUUGAGCUCUCUCUUAAAACAAGUUUUUGGGGAUAGGGGGCUCAAAAUUAUUUGAGCAACCUAAUAUUAUUUACUUGAAAGUAUCUAGGUUUUUACUUCAAGAAUAAUAUGAAGCAAACUUUUUGUGGCCACCUUAAGGACAAUUUAGUAUAAGAUUCUGCAGUUACUACGCAAAACACAAUCUUAAACAAAGUUCAAUCGGUGGCUUAUUAGGCAUGAGAAUUAACUCGUUAAGCUUACAGUGUAAAUUACAUUACACGGCAGGCUACAUAACUUAUGCAUAAAAGUCCAGGAUUUGCGUGCCUGAGGGGAAAGAUUAAAUCCGUGGAAAGGUUUCGACGUAAUCGCAUGCAAAUUUUUGAUUACUUUUACAGCAGCUAAUGUUACAGUAAAAUCGGAAAUGUAAUUAAUUGUUACAUCGCCAGCUAAUGCGUAUGUACGACUUAAAGUACAGGUUUGAGUGGUGCAAAAACGGAGUUUAAGAAAUUUAAAUGAGUUGUAUUAAAGUAUGAGGUAGAGUCGAAAUACAAGUAUAACGUAGAGCCGAACGCUACUUUUUACAAAAAACUAUUACUAGCGAUAACAAGGUGAAAAGUGGAGUUAACAAGACAUCAUUGUAGAACUAUUGGAAGACAGUACGUCGAGGAGAAGCGGAAUGUGGUAAAAACUUACUGGCAAGGUCUGGAGUUUAAAUACAUUGAUUUAAAGUUUCUGUCUUUAAUCUUAGUAUCAUUUACGAGCUUUUAGACACCACUGUUUAGAAUCUUUUCUAAAUGUAUAUACAUUUAUUGUCUUUAUAGCUUGCAAAAUAUUAUAAAUACCUGCACUUUCAAUUUGAGUUUUGCUUUCUUUACAAUCUGUAUCAUAUUCUUGAAUGACAACUAUUCUCUUUUAGAUACCUAAAUUCGAAUCCUCAGUUCCGUUCCAAAUACCCGAAGUUAAAAAACGCUCCAGAUGAACUCAGUACAGGAUGUGCUGACACGGCGUUUGAAAAGGUAUCAGCACUCUACUUAAAAGUAAGUUUUGUUUGUAUAUGUAGCUACUAUUAGAUGGUUCAAAUAAUUCUGUGCUCCCUAACCCCAAAAGUUUGCUUUGGAAGGGGGCACAGUAUUAUUUAAACGAUCUAAUAUAUAAAAAACUUAAAUUUAAAGUAAUAAAAAUUAAAAAGCUUUUAUUGUAACUUAAAACUUCAGUUGUUCGACGAUGUGAUAACAGUGAUAGAAGAACAGCCUGGCGAUGCUUCAGACGCCAUUACUCGGCUUAUUAACUGUGGGAAACUACACAAAAACAAAGUAAAUUUUUGUCUGGGAAAAGUUGAAAGGACAGCACACGUGUUUGAACCCCAAUUUCAUGGAGUUCUACACCUACAUAGUAAUUAUACCAUGUCAAUAACACUAAUUAACGGCAUCUUUAAGUACCGUGAUUAUAAAGUCAAGAGACAGGGUUUGAAGAAUAGGAACUUAACAAAAUUUAACUUUUGUAAAAAAGGGGAAAAUUGUAGUCUUUUUGAAACACAGAUACUAUAAUUUACUUUUGAAAUAGCAAUCAAGCGCUUUAUAUAUAUAUUUCUAUAUUGCACAUGUAUACGCUUUUACAUAUUAUACUAACCGCAAAAUCAUUUCAGAUUGAAGGAGUAAAAGCUGGGGACUUUGCAUUGAUGGAAAAGCCUUUUCUAAAAAUGGUAGAAGAUGUACUGCAAGAUCGAUUUAAUGACAAAGCGGAAACGUUGUUUACGAAGUUCUUCCAGUUCUGUCUGAAGUACUUAAAUGAAGGUUUUAAUGCGUAG